AUGGCCGCGAACAUGCAGCACAUGGCGGGAGCGGCGGGUAUGAUGCAGCAGCAGCAGCAGCAGCAGCAGCCCCCGCGCCCCCGGCCCACCCAGGUUCAGUUGAACCAGUUUCUUUACCAAACCAUGCUCGCCCAGCAACAGCCACAUACAGGCUGGCAAGCCGGCGUCGCCAUCCAAGAGCGCAUGAUCAAAUGCCACAACCUGAUCACCAACAUUGGCCUCGCUGUGACUAACAUCGAUUUCAUGAAGGCGGCAGAAGUUGGCGUCAACUUCGAGCGCGAGGCGUUUAACAAAUCGCAAGACAAGGCUCAAUACGAGGCGCAAAUGAGCAACAAAACGAACGAGUUCUUCAGACGGCGACAGGCGAACGAGCAAAAUCUUAGCAACAACCUCCAGGUACAGGCCGCCGCUCAGGCUCAGCAGCAGCUCAUGAUGAACCAGAAUGCCGCGAUGCAGAAUCAGAUGGGGCGGGGAAUGGGUCAGAACCAGCAGCAAGGGUUCCAGCAUCUGCAGCACCAGAUGCAAGCGUCUCAAAUUUCCCAACAGGGUCAGAUGGGCGUCAAUAUGGGCAACCAGGGCGGCCAACCGAUCGGGCCUAACCAGCAAAUGUUCCAGAUGCCCGGCGGACAGGGUAGGCCUCAGAACGCAAUGCCCACCGACGCGUCAAGCCUCACACCGCACGACCAGCAAAAAGUCUUGGAGCUCGCCCACAAGAUGGCUGCUGCCUGCCCCGAGCCUCAAAAGAACCACUACCGUAGCAUUGUGCAGACUCGGUUUACCCAGAGGGCACAGGAAUACACGGCGCAGGGCAAAGAUCCGGUUCUCAUCUGGUUCCAACACCAGGCUUUCCAAGGUCUCUCGAAAAACGCGGCCUUGGCGAGACAGCGGCAACAGCAGGGGGGCAUGCCUCCCAACAUGAACCAGGCUCAAGCCCAGGCUCUCAUGCAAGCUGGUCGAGGACAGAUGAACCCCGCCUUGAUGAACGCCGCAGGCAUGCAGUCUGCCAACGGCGACUUUGGUCAGUUCAACACGAUGGAAAACAUCAUGAACCAACAAAAGGCGGGCAUCCUAGCCCAGGAGCAGGGACAAAUGGUCGUUCCCGCCAGCAGCGGCCCGGCUCGUAACGCGACUCCACAGCCCAUCGCUGGCGCACAAGGUCAAGGAAUGCCCAAUCAGACCGGGUCAAACCAGACGCCUCGCCCUAACCAGGCUCAGCAGCAACUCAGCAUGCAGCAGGCGCAACAGUUGAAGAUGGAGCAGCAGCAAUCGCAACAAGCGGCGCAGAUGCGCGCUCAGCAACAGGCCAGACAGCUGCAGGGCCAACCGAAUGGUCUUGGCGGCGCCCCUACUUCACAGAGCCCGGGCAUGAACACCCUGAACACUCCAAUGCGCCGACCCCCAAGUGCCAUGAACCCCAUGGAAGGCCAAGGCGGGGCACAGGCCAACGGCCCCUUUGCCGGCACCCUCGACCCUCGUUUUAACCAAGGGAACCAAAGACCAAUGUCCACUGGCGGCAAUAUGAACCUGAACAACAACCCCCUUUUCCACAGCAUGAUGGCGAGCAUGAACUCCGAGCAGAGGCAGGCGGUCCACGGACUGCCACCCGACAAGCUCCACGAGGUCAUGACCAAAUGGCAGGAGCAGCAGCGUAAGAUGCAGAUGAACGCCAUGGCGCAGGCCGGAAACACACCAGGCCAGAUGCAGGGCAGACCGGGACAGAUGGGCCAGUUCAACAUGCCUAACGGCAACCAGUUCAUGCCCAACGGCAUGAUGCCACAGCAGCCGCAGUCGGGAACCCCAAAUAACCAGCAGCAGGUUAUUGCGCAGCAACAGCAGAUGCUGGCUAGGUUGAGAAACCAGGGCACUCCCGUGGCACCUGCUCACCAGGUCAUGAUGGACAGCAUGGACCUCCCUCCGCCAGUUCUCCAGCAAGUUGGAAACCAACUCCGUGCCCCCGCCGAGGUUCGCAAGUGGAAGGACCUUCGGCAGUGGCUUGCGCAGAAUCCCGUCCAGCCCCAGCUACAACAGCACCUCGAGAGGAUCCAGAGGUCGCAGUUCGCAACAUAUAUGCAAAGGCAAAUGGAGAAGCGCAACCGGGAACAGCAGGCGGCGGCGGCGGCGGGACAGCAGCAACAGCAGCAGCAACAGCAGCAGCAACAGCAGCAACAGCAGCAGCAGCAACAGCAGCAGCAGCAGCAGCAGCAACAGCAGCAACAACAACAGCAGCAGCAGCAGCAACAGCAGCAGCAGCAGUCUCAACCGCUGCAACAGCAACAGCAACAACAACAACAACAACUCGGGUCGCAGCAGCAGCAGCAACCGCCGCAGUUGCAGCAGAAUGGCAUGCCGGCGGGCAUGGUGAUGCCGAACCAACCAGGCAUGCCUCCCAACAUACCGGUAAUUCCCGCUCACAUGAUCCAAGUCACGCCCAACGACAUCUUGAACGCUCGCAAAGCAAACCCCAAGAUUGCGAGCCUCACAGACGAUCAGUUGAGACAGUUCAUUAUUCAGAUCAAGCAACGGCAGAUGGGUGCCGCUAUGCAGAAGGAAAUUGCCAUGCGUCAAGCUCAAGCGCAGGUGAACAUGGGGCCUGGGGCACAAAACGUCCCUAUGCCCACGCCUCAGGCGCCACAUAUGCCCCAGCUGGCUCCUCCGCCGCCAGCAAACGUCGCCCCCACGCCUGUCCAACCCGUGCAACCAGCCCCGCCGAAGCAGCAAAGUGCCACCCCUGACCCGAAGGCUGCUGCUCACGCCGCCCCACCGAAGAACAACCAACGCUCCGCCCCGAACAAUAACCAAUCACAGCCUCCCAACCCAUCUCCGGCAUCCCAGCAGAAGAACCUCAAGCGUCCGAGCACCGACGAGCCCGUCGAUGUGCCUCAGACGGCUACCCAGCAACCUCAGAGGCCUGCAGCUGCCCCCGGGCAGAUGCGUCCCCUUCCGAAUCUCACACCUGAGCAGAUAGCGAGCAUGACGCCCGAGCAGAAGGCCAAGUACGAGGCCAUGAAAAGUCGCCAACAGGCCAUGCAGGCAGCGAACUCAGGCCCAACCGAGAACGACUUUGACAAGCUCAGACGCAUCGGCCAGGAAGAGCAGAGGCUGAUGAUGACGGAACAUAUGCCCGACAUCCCCAUGUCACCGGAGCAGCGCCAAGAGACAUGCGCCAAACUGAUGAAGAUCGUAGUGGACAUGGGAAAGAUUGGAAAGGCGCUCGGCCGGUGGUACGCCGCAACUCGCGACGACGGGCGCGCCAAGAGCUACUUCCGAGCUCGACUUCGCAUGAUCAGACAAUUUACCGACGGCGAGGCCAUGACUAACCCCAAGCCCGUCUUCAGCGUGAGGCCCGCCGAAAUCGACGAGGUCCGUUGGCUGCUCGAGACCAUGGCGCGCGAUUGCGCCAAUCUCGGCAAGAAGGCCGCUAUUGCGCCUCAGCAAGGUCAACCCCCGGCGCCGAACCAAGCGGGAGCUGGUUCUGCCCAAGGCGGCCCGCCCCUUCCUCUGAGCAUGGCCAACAUGGCCAAUUUGGAAAAGCAGACGCAGAACCUCAACAACAAGAUGCAUAACCGGUCCAACAGUAAGAGCGGCCCCCCGGCUGCGCCGACGACGAGCCAGCCCCCCUUUCCCUUCGGCGCGAGCUCCCCGCACGGCGAAUCCAUCCACUUUUCCAAGCCCAAGGUCACCAAGGACAACCUGCAGCUUCCGGCACGGAAGAAGGCCAAGACUGGCACGCAGCCGACUCCGCCGCAGCAGCCUAAUCAGGCAACACCGUCGCCGCAGAUCAGCAAAUCCGGGUCGCCGGAGCUCAAGAGGCAGUCUAUGCCGGAACCCAAGGCACCGCCGAAGCCGAUGUUCUUGUGCCCAGAGGCAGAUUGCGAGAUGGCGACUACCGGCUUCCCCUCGGACCAGGCGCGUCAGGCGCACAUCCUAGAGGAGCACGUGAAGCCUCUCGAGGAUCCGAUGAAGUACAUGCGGGAGAGCCUUGCUCAAUCUCUGGGACUGGACACAAACGGGCAGGUCAAGGUGGAGCCGCAGACGGCGCAGCCAAUGGGUCAAAACGUUUCCAAACAGGGACAAACACCGGCAAGCAACGGCGGCGCAACGCCUAUGUCCAGGGAUGCUUCGAUGCAACGCACGGGCAGCAAGAUGGGCGGCAAGACGCAGGACAACCAGGCGGCGGCGGGCAAGACGGAGAGCACGCCCAAGAUGGAAAACAAACAGCCGGAAAUGGCGGCGCCGGCGGCGCCGAUGGAGGUUUGGGCGACGACGAUCGAUCCGCAGAGCCUCUUUAACAACCUCGGCAAGUUCGAGUUCGGCGCCAACGGCGUCAUCAGCGACAUGAGUGUUUACCGGUCUUUGACACCAAACGACACUCCCGAAUCGAGCAAGGACAGCGGGUCCUCGGAGCCCAACAGCGAUAUUUCGGAAGGUGUGCACCUGGACAUCGACGUCAACUGGCAGCCUGUCGACGUGGACCUGCUCCUCGACAUGAACAGCAUCAACAUGGAGGGGAUGGAAGGACUCCAGGAUGUGGGGACUGAGUUUGACGGCAUGAUGAUGCUCGAGGACGCGAUGCCGAUGGAGCAGUUUACCAACUGGGACGAAGUAACGAACGACUUCAACAAACCGUUCCAGUUCGACAACAGUAUGUACUCGCUGGAUGUUUCUUCGUCGGCGCAGGAGCAAAACAGCAUGUGA